GAGUGUUUUCCUAAUCAGUCUCAAACAAGUAACGCACCCUUCAACAUGCCCUCUCCGCCCACUCCGCAGCCAUCUCAUCUAUCCAAUUCCCGCCCUGACCGUCGCGCUGCCAACCCCCCGCCCCGACGCCCCACACCUCGCGCCGCCCCGACGUCCUCUGCUCCGGCCAACGAACCUGUAGCAAGCGCUACCGGCUCAGGAUGGGCCGCCACACGAACAGUCUUGGCAAGGGGACGAACACCUAUUCCAGAACAUGUGAAGAGCAGAAGCCUCUGGCAGUCCUAUUUGUCUUUAUCGGGUAAUGCAAGGAUAGCAUUUGGGUUAGCACUGGGCGCCGUUGGUAUUGCGGGAAUUUUAUGGGAUCGACAGGUGGCGGAAGACGAACCAAAAGGAGAACUGGAACAAAAGCCACUGAUAAAUGUCAGAAUGGUGGACCGUCCUGGAAAAUAGGAAACCAGUCUUGAUCUUCAUUAUACCCAGCAUUAAUAUGCAGCAUAUACCCUACAAUCUCUACAUUAUCUCUACCAAAACGAAUCAAUCAGGCAAGCAUGCAUGAGACAAGAUACUUUUUAAUUAGUAAAAAUA